GACUCCCACGGAGUAAGCACUCAAGACAUUUUUUGUGAGACAGGGUACUGCUGGGUUGCGCAUGUGGAGUGCAGUGGUGUCAUCACGGCUCACUGCAGCCUCCAACUCCUGGGCUCAAGUGAUCCUCCUGUCCGGGCUGGUCUUUAACUCCUGGGCCGAAGCUAUCCUGCUUGAGCCUCCCAAAGUGCUGGAAUUACACCAUUUGACUGCCGGGCACUCAAUUAAUUUCCGACAAAGGAAUGAAGAUAUAACUUCCUUUACCCACUGCAGCUUAAAAUACAAGAGAAGCUCUGGGAUAUUAAAAUGAGAAACAGUCUUGGAAAAAAUUAAUUUGAGCACACAGAAUAUUUGCCAGUAUGUGCUACAAAAAAUAUGCAGUCAAAAAUAUCCAUAGAAGUGUUGCUUAGAAUGGGGCAAAAGCCCAAGGGAAAAAAAACCUCUCACAGGGUUAAUGAGAACUACAAGCCAGGCUUUAGGCAGAAUUGUAGUCAGGCAUCAACCAGGGUGCACUGGUGUGCCCUGACUCACUUCCCUGCAGCUGCUAACUAACCGAGGGGCUCGCAGCACACUGACCACCUGCUCCCUCAUUGCUCCCAUUGAUAGAAACCGACACUGGACCUUUUUACCCAAGAAUUGUUUAAGGUGUUUUACGGAUCCUGAAUUCCAGCAGAAUCCCUGAUGCCAACAGGUCUGAAGAUCCCUACCAGGAAACUGACUCAGCAUCUCCUGGUCCAAUGACUUCACCCCCCACUUCUCAGCCAAUCAGCAGUCCCCAUACUUUGGCCCAUCACCUGUCCAAACCCCUUAGAAUCCCCAUCCCCAAACCUCCCAGGGAGGCAGAUUUGAGGUUUCCUCUCAUCUUCUCAUUCAGUUGCCCUACAAUUAUUCAUCUCCUUCUCUACUGCAACUCCCACUGUUUUGGUGCAUUUUGGUGCAACAGGCAAUCCAACCUGGUGGUCUUAUAACCAUGUUAAGGUGAAACAGAGAAAUAAAUAAAUGUGAAACAGAGAGGUGUGACUUGGAAAUUGUAUACACUGGGUGUGGCAACUCCCCUAUACCUUGUGUUUUCAUAGUAACUUUGUUAACGUUAAUAAAGAGCUACCUUUGACUGACUGUGAUUCUGAUGAGGAGGAGGAGGAGGAGAAUAGGGGUGGUAAGGUUUUAAACUAUUCUCUUUCCUCAUUUUCCAAGCAUUUACAAGUAGCUAAAUUUUUCCAAGUAUUCCUUUCUACAGAACUUCUAUUAAAAUAAAAAGCAAUUCUGAAUCAAGCCUUAUGCAUAUGAAUUAAUGGUUCUACCUUAUAGAUCCCAAAUCAGUGUGUCAUUUGGGCAAGUCACCUCUCUCCCAGAUUCCUAUCUGUGCUAUAUGUAACUGGAAUUUUGCAACAGAUGUUACACUCUUCCUUCUCCUUAGCAGCUCUGUUAGAAACUUUAAGAAAGCCUGAGAGUAAAAUCUGUACUGUAUAAAUCCAGAGGAAUGUUUAUACAAACUAAUUUCCUCCAAUCUGGUCACCUUUCUAUGCGAAAAUUCCUCAUCUUACAACGUCUCAUACAUAAAGUCAUUUGGCCUCUUAACUGCACUGUUGAAUAUUUUUAAGACAAAAAAACUUGCUAACUCAAAACAGUGAAAGCAUUCAAUUCAAAAUAAAGUGAAAAGCCACAUAUGGCUUAGAGGGAGAAAGCAGUGCUAAUGAUUUUAGGCCUUAACAGUUUGAGAUCAAGACUGGCUGCUCUGAAGCCAUCUUUGCAUUGUUCCUCGCCCAGCUCCUUGCUCACCGCAGCCGCCUCCACUGCGCGCCUCGACUCUUCCGCUGAGGACUCUGGCAGCUUUAUCACCAGAGUCCCUGAACUCUCGCUUUCUUUUUAAUCCCCUGCAUAGGAUCACCAGCGUGCUCCACCAUGUCAGACGCAGCCAGAGACACCAGCUCCGAAAUCACCACCAAGGACUUGAAGGAGAAGAAGGAAGAUGUGGAAGAAGCAGAAAACGGAAGAGAUGCCCCAGCUAAUGGGAAUGAGGAAAAUGGGGAGCAAGGGGCUAACAGUGAGGUCAAUGAAGAAGAGGAGGAAGGUGGGGAGGAAGAAGGUGAUGGCGAGGAGGAGGAUGGAGAUAAAGAUGAGGAAGCUGAGUCGGCUAUGGGCAAGCGGACAGUAGAAGAUGCUGAGGAUAACGAUGUCGAUACCAAGCAGAAGACCGAUGAGGAUGACUAGACAGCAAUAAAGGAAAAACUAAAAAAAAAAAAAAAAAAAAAAAAAAAAAAAAAAAAAAAAAAAAAAAAAAAAAAAAAAAAAAAAAGACUGCCGUGACCCUAUUCCCCUUGCACUUCCCAUCUCAGAAUCUAAACGUGGUCACCAUCUUUGAGUAGAGAGGCCCGCCUGCCUGCCCACCACGGGCAGGGCCACCUGCAGAUGACACAUGCGCUCCACCACCCAACCCAAACUGUGAGAAUUUGCAGCAGGGGAGGAAAACAGCCAAAACUUCCAAGGCCCUGCUUUUUCAUAAAAGUACUUUAAAAAGGAAUUUGUUUGUAUUUUUAUGUACAUUUUAUAUUUUUGUACAUAUUGUUAGAGUCAGCCAUUUUUAAUGAUCUCCAAUGACCAAACCAGCCUUCAGAGUGUUCUCUGUCCUACUUCUGAUUUUACUUCUGGUAUGAUCAUGUCCAUUACAAUCUCAAAGGAGAAAAAAUAUGUUGUUAAAAAAAAGCAAAAACAACAACAGAAAAACAAUCUUAUCUGAGCAUUCCAGUAACUUUUUUGUGUAUGUACUUAGCUAUACUAUAAGCAGUUGGUUUCCAUGAGAUGGUUUAAAAGGCCAGCUGGGCCCGGUGGCUCAUACCUGUAAUCUCAGCACUUUGGGAGGCUGAGGCAGGCAGAUCACAUGAGGACACAAGUUCGAGAUCACUUUGACCAACAUGGAGAAACACUGUCUCUACUAAAAAUACAAAAAAUUAGCCAGGUGUGGUGGUGUACGCCUGUAAUCCCAGCU